CGCCCGGCCGACCUCGUGCCUUGGGCUCUCCCGCCUGCGCCCGCGGCUCCCUCGCACCGCCCGCUCGGAGACCCACGCGCGACCCGCGCGCCAUGAGCUCGGGCCAGCGCGCUGGCGGCGACGCGCGGAAGGACUGCCCGGCGGGCGGCGGCGUGGGGCGUCCCGCGACGGCAGCCGGGGCCUGGGCGGUGAGCGCUGUGUGCCUGCUGCUCUCCGUGGGCUCUGCUGCCGCCUGCCUGCUGCUGGGCGCCCAGGCGGCCGCUCUGCAGGGCCGGGUGGCGGCGCUCGAGGAGGAGCGGGAGCUGCUGCGGCGCGCGGGGUCGCCGAGCGCCCUGGCCGCCUGGGCCGAGCCGCACCUGGAGCGCCUGCUGCGCGAGAAGUUGGAGGGACUGGCCAAGCACCGGACAGUUCGGGAAGCACCGACCGCGUGUGUCUGCCCACCAGGCCCUCCUGGACGGCGCGGCAAGGCUGGAAGAAGAGGCGACCCCGGUCCUCCCGGGCAAUCAGGACGAGAUGGCUACCCGGGGCCGCUGGGUCUGGAUGGCAAGCCCGGACUUCCAGGCCCCAAAGGGGAAAAGGGCGCACCAGGAAACCUUGGCCCUCAGGGAGACCAAGGGCGAGAUGGAGCUGCUGGGCCUCCAGGGCCCCCUGGACCCCCUGGAGCCCGGGGCCCUCCUGGCGACACGGGGAAAGAUGGCCCCAGGGGAGCACAAGGCCCAGCGGGUCCCAAAGGAGAGGCUGGACGUGACGGCGAGAUGGGCCUGAAGGGACUCCCAGGGCCCAAGGGUGAGCCCGGCAUUCCUGGAAAGAAGGGUGACGAUGGGAUUCCAAGCCAGCCAGGGCUCCCCGGACCUCCAGGCCCUAAGGGCGAGCCAGGGAACACGGGGCCUCCAGGAGAAAAUGGUGUGGACGGCGCCCCAGGGCCAAAGGGAGAGCCCGGCCAGCGAGGCGCAGACGGAGUCUCAGGACUGCGGGGUCCCCAGGGCCUCAAGGGUGAGCAAGGAGACACGGUGGUGAUAGACUACGAUGGCAGGAUUCUGGACGCCCUCAAGGGUCCUCCCGGGCCACAGGGGCCUCCAGGGCCCCCAGGGAUCCCCGGAGCCAAGGGUGAGCUGGGAUUGCCUGGUGCCCCAGGAAUCGACGGAGAGAAGGGUCCCAAAGGAGCCAAAGGAGACCCAGGAGACGCUGGGCCGACCGGACCCAAAGGGGAAGCAGGCGAGAUGGGCCUGUCGGGCCUCCCGGGCACCGACGGGCCCAAGGGGGAGAAGGGAGAGUCGGCAUCUGACAGUCUACGGGAGAGCCUGGCCCAGAUCAUAGUGGCACCAGGGCCCCCCGGCCCCCCUGGCCCCCCAGGCCCCAUGGGCCUUCAGGGAAUCCAGGGUCCCAAGGGCUUGGACGGAGCAAAGGGAGAAAAGGGUGUGUCAGGUGACAGAGGCCCCAGCGGCCUACCGGGGCCAGCUGGCCCGCCAGGUCUUAUUGGGCUGCCAGGAACCAAAGGAGAGAAGGGAAGACCUGGGGAGCCAGGACUAGAUGGGUUCCCUGGACCCCGAGGAGAGAAAGGUGACCGGAGUGAACGUGGAGAGAAGGGGGAGCGAGGUGUCCCAGGCCGGAAAGGCGUGAAGGGCCAGAAGGGUGAGCCGGGACCACCGGGCCUGGACCAGCCGUGUCCUGUGGAGAAUCCCAAAUGUGGAGGCAAGCGAGGGGCGCCGGGCUCCAGGGGGCCCUGCCCCGCGGGCUCUGAUGGACUGCCCGUGCCUGGCUGCUGGCAUAAGUGACCCCCGCACCCAACUCACAACCUGUACAGAUGCGUGUGGAAGUUUUUAAUUUUUGUAAAAAAACACAAAAAAACAAAAAACAGUAAUAUAUUGAUCUUUUUCUCAUGAGAGGCACGACAUGUGGCUCUCAUAACAUUCAAGAGGGCGCCUGGCCCAGCCCCAGAACGAUCAGCCUUUGAAGCUGGCAGGAAAGCAGACAGGCCAGUCCAGGGGAAUCGCAUACUCGGGGGGCAGCCAUGGGACUUGGCUUCCCCAGGAAGGAGACGAAGGUGAAAGCGCCUGGCUCAAGAGAGGCUGCAAGAAUGCUGGGUUGGGCCCUCAGCCACCUGAUUAGCAGAAAGACUGCACCCCCCAACACCCCCAGAAGCUCCGGAGCCCUGGGGCCCGCUCCAUCCAAAAAGGCCCAGGGCUUGAACAGUAAAUGCAGCUGUCCCCGCCUCUCUGGCCUCUGGCCUCAGCCCCAGCCAGCUGCCCACCCCUCGGGGGCCCUCUGGGGCCCAGGUUCUCCAGGCCAGGACAAGAUUCCUGCCCAGCUGGAUGCUGGGAGCUAUGGGGAGCACCCCCAGUGGGUCACGCUCCCAAGCAAGUUCAGUAGGCCUUGGGAACCCAGCCUGCUGUGAGAACACGUGGCCUCCAGCCCGGAGGAGAGGCCAGCCUCUCCGAUCAUGACCUGUGGACCCAGCUGCGAAGAAACCUCUUGAUCCCCAAGAUCCGCGAGUUCGGAGAACGGUGGGUUCCAGAUGGGAGGGGCUGCUGCUUCCUGUGUCUCUCACAGCAUCCCGAAGAGAGUCAUGAUGGGACUUUGCCAGCCCAAGGAGACCGGCCCGCGACUCAAGAGUUUGGGCCUCACUGGCCCCAACUCUCCACCUGAGAGGACUCUGGGCAGCCUGCCAGAACUGGUUUUUCGGAUGAGCCAUGCAGAUGAAGAGGGCCCGGUGCCCUGAGAAGAGGCCUCCCCACCUCAGACAAGGGUCCCCCAGCUGGCCACCUUCCGCCUAGAGGCUCGCCUCCCUUCUCUGUAUAGAUGGAUAUCGCUGUGUGUAAUAAACCCCAGUGUGUGUC